GCCAUACAGCAUGCAUGUGUCUGUAUUGGUUAUAUGAUGCACCAAAAACCCAAAUGCUUUAGCAGGUAUGAUUCUUCCACAAAUCCUAAUCCUGGAGGUGAGGCAGGACACAGGAAGGACCAAUAUGAUGCUAAUGUGCUUUCCUGUGGAUGUUACAAAAUACAGGGCUUCUUCAGAGGACUUUGUAUCUAUGCAAGGAGGAAGGGUUUCAAGGGAGGAAUAAGGAAGAGGGAACCAGAUUAAUAAGCUUGUUGUGGGAGUACUAAACAGGAGACGAAUGUAGACUCACCCGAGCUGUGUGACGUAUUUCUCUUUGUCUGUGUUGUGGCCAAGAAGGAGCUGGCACCUAAGAGGCAGAGCAGAGACUGUGCUUGCCACAUCUCCACAAUGCAGCAAGGCAUGGAGGCAAACAGAAUUUUGUGUUCUAACUUUGAUCAGCAAUGGCUCUUUAAGGCUGAGCAAGGCAUGCAGCAUGGACACUGCCCAGUCCAAACCCAGCAGCCACGUGAACUCUCCCCAGGACAAAUGAGAAGAACCUGUCUCCAAGUGCAAGAUUUUGGGAAUAUGUGUCAGAGAUGCCUGACAGUAAAACAUCCGUCUUGCCCUAAUUUCUACGUGAAGUGCUGCAAUGUCGAGUGAAAUAACCUUCCAGGCUGGCUCUGGUGCAGAGGUAUUUUGGCUUAUGUUAUUGCUGAGAGCUUUCUCUCUGAUGAGCUCUUUCUGCCUCUCCGUGUUUCUGAUGUCUGACUCUCUUCACUCUUUUUCUCCCUUGGGCUGGGAUGUGUGCUGUUUGUAAUGCAUCAGGAAGUAAUACGCAAUGAGGAAACUCUCAUCAUCUGUGCAUCAGGGAGAGAAUUACUGACUGAGUGCUGAGCAGUCAAGUUAUUGAUUCAAACCAAAGCCCAGUCUCUCUGUCUGCUGGGCUGGUUACGUCCUUCUGGUUCAUUGCAUUUAAUCGGAUUCCCUGAGCUGCCACACAGAAGGGGAGAGUUAGAAGCAGAUCCAUCUAUAAUGUUCUCUUCAAAAUCCAGUUCGGUAUCCCCUUCUCCAUCCAUGGAACAGGCAGAUUCAGAUGCUCUGGACAUCAGCACCAAAGUGCAGCUGUAUGGCGUGCUCUGGAAGAGACCCUUCGGGAGGCAGUCGGCCAAAUGGUCCAGGAGAUUCUUCAUAAUUAAGGAAAGUUUUCUGCUUUACUAUGCUGAGAGUGAGAAGAAGAGUUUUGAAAGCAAUAAAUACUUCAAUAUCCACCCCAAGGGCGUCAUACCCCUGGGAGGCUGCAUCGUGGAGCCCAAAGAAGAGGCCAACAUGCCUUAUGCCAUAAAAAUCUCUCAUGAAGAUUUCCAUGGUAACAUUGUUCUAGCAGCUGAAUCAGAGUUUGAGCAGGCUCAGUGGCUGGAGAUGCUACAGGAGUCUGGAAAAGUGACAUGGAAGAAUGCCCAGCUGGGAGAAGCUAUGAUUGAGAGCCUGGAAGCCCAAGGAUUGCAGCUGGCCAAGGAGAAACAGGAGUAUUUAGAUAAGCUAAUGGAGGAAACAGAAGAGCUAUGUCUGCAAAGAGAGCAAAAAGAGGAACUCGAGCGUCUGAACCAGAUCCUGGAAGCAGAGAAGCAGCAGUUUGAAGAGGUGGUGCGGGAGCUGAGGCUGGAGCAGGAAGAGAUCAGACGGGAGUUGGAGCUCACAGCCCGCUCCCUUAAAGGAGUGGAGGAAGAAAAGAAAGAGUUGCGAAGCCUGACGCAGUCCUUACAGAACACCCUAGAGGAGCUCUCCCUGGAAAAGCAGCAAAUGCUGGAGAUGCUGGAAGAAAAUGAGAGCCAGGUCCCACCUCCAACCAGCCCCAGCAAAGAGCAAAGCCCCAUCUGGGGACUGCACUGCAGCUUGCGACAGAUUGAAGAAAAGAUGCAGCAACUUCUGCAGGAGAAACUCCUGGCAGAGAAAAGGAUGAAGGAGAAUGAGGAGCGGUCCCGAGCACUGGAGGAGGAGCGGGAGUUUUACUCUUCCCAGUCACAAGCGCUGCAGAACUCACUCUCGGAGCUGACUGCAGAGAAACAGCAGGCAGAGAGGGACCUCAAGGCUGAGGUGAAGGUACGCAUGGAUCUGGAGAAGAGACUGAGAGAAGCUGAGGAAGCAUUGCAGAGCUUGGAGCAAGGCUUAAAUUCUCUGCAUUGCAAUAAGGAGAAAGAGGAAAAGAUGAAAGCAGAUGUCAGUAACUUGAGAAAGUUCUUUGAAGAGUGCAUCCGCAAUGCCGAGCUGGAGGCCAAGAUGCCUGUGAUCAUGAAGAACUCCGUGUACAUCCACAAGGCUGCCACUCGCCGCAUAAAGAGCUGCCGCUUCCGCUGCCGGAGAACCAGUACUUCAUGGAAUGAUAUGAAGCAGUCCCAGUCCUUCAUCUUCUCGCAUGCAGAAGCUGAAAACAUUGAAGAGCUGAAAGAAGCAGCCAAAAGACUGAGCCGGGACCAGCGCUUCAGGAAAACUAUCUAUCAAAUCAUGAGGUCACAAAAGGAUUCUGCUUCAGGGGACAAAAAGUGACUCUUCUUGGAAGGGGGCUUCUGAGUAAAACUUGCCGUUCAGCUCCGCAAACGUUAUGCCCUUGGGCACUAGGGUCAGAAGGGAGAUUUGCCCUUUGGUGGGGAAAGUGGGGUGAGGUGGUGUGUAGGCAAUUCCCUCAGUUAGUGGCUUUGCUUUAGUUUGAAUGCUCCUUGUAGCCUGGCAGACCUUCUCUGCUGAUCACUCCAGACCUGUUUGCUUCAGCUGCUUACAUUAAGGCGUGUUUUGCCAAGAUGCCACAGUCAGUGUUAAAGUGAACCACAGACCGUAGGUUAAGAAAGGCCUCUUCUUUCCUUUCCUGUCUAGUCUGUCUGCCAAACACAAGUGCUUCUGAGAAAGCCCUUUAUCAGCCUAUGUUCCAGCUAGUGUAACCUCCCCAGCCGGACACAGCUUACCUCUUUCUCCCUGAUCCUCUCUAGCAAAUGGCUCGCUCCACACCCCCAGUCAAUCAGCACUUCCACGGGGCACAGGCUGAAAACUGCAGCAGUCCCAGUGUCCUGAGCACAGGGAAAAGUGUUAAACAUAGGGCAACUUUUUGUCUUAAUGCUACAUCAUUUCAAGCAAAGAGCAGCACCACAAGGUGAAGACAACCUGAGAAUGCUGUGGAUUUGGCUCCAAGGAGGAUCGUGUACAGAGAAGAGCUCAUAGGUAACUCAGUGGCAUGGAUGCAAGCUGGAGGGAGGGUUGAGUUAUGUUGACUGUGGGCAGAACAUUCUGGGGCCACCUUUGCAUAUUUUUUGCACUGGGACAUCUAGCUGUGUCAGAACAGAGAUAUGUGCUGCAGAAGGUGUUAUCUAUAGGCAGCAUCAGUGUGGAGAAGCCCUUGAUUCAGUCCUGAUGGGUUCAUCAACACCUCUGUAAAACAAGUUGGAAGGCAAAAGAGUGAGGACUGUCCAGCAACAAAACCCACUAUCACUUCAAGAGUUAAACAUUGUCAGCAGCAAGCUCUCAGGGCUGUGGAGGUGGGGAAAGUCACCUCUGUAUGUGCUGCAGUGAAUAGCCUGUGGUCAAGGCUUUGUACUGCUCUCUACCAGCCCUCUUAAUUGCAAUCCAUGCUGUCUCAAUAAAACUGGGACCUCUGGCAAGUCAAAGCUGGAUUGGGAGCAGUGCUGUGAACAGCCUGUUCAGAGGUGGGCUUCUUGCUAGUCUCUGCUCUCCCAAGUGCUCGCCAUGUGGUUAUCAAAGCGGACAAUUUGCCCUGCAUGUGGUCAUCUUCUGUGUUACAGGACUAGAAUCACUUUGUUGUGGAAUCUUUGCAGCCUCUCCCACCUAUUUUAAACAAGCCACUGGCUAGUAAUUAACUCUGCUGCAGCAACAGCACUACCUGGUGCUUACAGAGCACAGGACAAGCAUACUCAGAGUGUUGCUCUGUUUUCUUCAGGAUAUUAAUUGGGAAACACAGAAAUAAACAACACAAGGGUGAAUAAAGUUAGCAGCAGAAGUACAGUAAGGGCUCAGGGAGUCUUAAAUGCAGAUUUACAGGGGUUUGCAGGGCAUCAGUACCCCUGGGAAUUAUAUACGUCUGGUGACACACAGGUAGUUACUUACCAGUCCCAAUCAGACUGUGAAAGUGUCCACUCAUAGCCUUUGUCUUCUGGCCAGCUAAGUCAUUCCCUACCAAUUUAGAACUGUUUCUAGGGAGAAGUCGAGGAUGAGACUGGGAAGGGAGCUCUGGCUUCCCAGUCAGAGGAGAAGGGUUGAUGCUGGGUGGAGGAGCAUGCUGUCAGGGUGUGAUGCUCCUGAAUGGAGACACUCUGGUGUGCCCAGAGGAAAAGCACUGAAAGCACAGCUUGUACUUUCCAUUUCAGUCAGUCACUGACCAGUAUCCUUCUGCCAGGCAAUGGGAGGUUUUAUAUAAUCAGAGGAUCCAGCACUGAAGGCUGACAUUUUUGUGAUGAUUGAUAGGUGAUGUGAUAGGGGAAGAGAAUUUCUGUCCUUCCUUGGCAUACCUGAUCCUUCUAUGUUUUUUCCACUUGUGCUUGCAUGCUAGAAAGCCACCAAUGAAUUCUGGUUCCUACAAGGCUGAAGGGCUGUGAGAAAACAAUAUGGAGCUGGUUUCCCCAUUUAUGCUGUUCUCACAUCAUCUCUAGCUAUUUUCCAGUUACAAGAUCUAUAUUACAUGACGCUGGAAGAGACGGAAUAAAGGACAGCCAGGGUAUGUAUCUGUAAUUUAGGCAGUUAGGAAAAUUGUCUUGUGGGUUGGAAUGCAGCACCUUUGUUCUAUUACCAUCAAAGCCACAAUACCAGACUUUGCAGAAGUACUGUAUGCAGGAGGUAGCCACAUCAGGUCUUCCUUUACUGUGCAUAUUGACAGCAAUAAAUAAAUAAAAGUUAUGCUGACACUAGAA